CAGUUACGAUGUCACGAUUUUUACGCGCUUAUUCGAUUCGUGAUUUGAUAUUAAUUACUUUAAUUUCAAUACACAUUACAGCAGGACUAAAAUGCCGUACGGAUGAUGGUAUUAAUGAAGCUGAACUCAAGCGAGUUACCCGGAAGUGUAUGAAAAAAAUGAGCGAAAACUUUCAUGCUGGUCAUUUGGGUAUUCCAACUCGCAAUCAAAAUUUCGAACAAAGAAAAGAAGCAAAUUACGAUGAUUACGAUUACUUGGAAAAUAGUAACAACAACCAGAAUAGAAACAACUAUAAUUAUGCCAAAAAUACAGAACACUCUGCGUAUGAUGAAAUACUACGACCUCGCAGCCGAAACAGUUUCAGUGGUCGGAAUGGUAGGAAUGAACAGCACAAUACCGAUAACAGAAACCCGAAUAUACGCAAUCCAAACUCUGGCAAUAGUAAUAACAGUCAAAGGCUUGGGGGAGGAAGCCAUGAUAACAAUAAUUACGGCAAUUUCAACAAUGGCAAUUAUAAAAACAACUCCAAGGAUGAUGUUAAAUGUGUAGUACAUUGUUUCUUUGAUGAAAUGAAUAUGCUCAACAACAAUAAUUAUCCGGACAAGCAGAAAGUUAUGUUCAUGUUGACGAAAAACAUGAGAGAACGGGAUUUGCGUAAUUUCUACACUGAAAGUAUACAAAUGUGCUUCCUCUACUUGGAAAACCGAAACAGGCUGGACAAAUGUGAGUUCUCUCACGAGCUUGUAAAUUGCCUAGCCGAAUAUGGUAAAGCGAACUGUGAUGACUGGAAUGAUAGCAGUUUAAUAUUUAAUUAAUUCACUCCGUGGCAACUAUUUUAAUCAGCAAUUUUGUUAAAAGCUACAAUAAAAUAUUCAACCGCUUUAAAAAGUGGAA